UUCAAACCAAAAGAAAACACAGAUACCUUUCAAGGACCCGGGACAUUUGGACCGAAUGAAACAGGUUGCACGAGAGACUCCAGCCACAUAGUACUUGGUCCCCAAAAACGUACGUGGAACACUGGUUGCCAUGUUUCUCAUCCCAGUGGACGUGACACGGACCUCUACGGUUCUGGACCCCGGGGAGGUAAGGCAGGCUCAGACUAUCGUUUCCCUGACAGGGGGUCGAAUGACUACAAACGAGACUUCCGUGGAGGACACAGUGUCUCCCGCGACAGGGGCGUGACUCGGCGUACCGAUGGUGUAGCGUUCUGUCAGGACCGACAUUUGAGAGAUGGACGGAUGUCAUUCCAGGAGGAGCCAGAAUGGUUUUCCGAAGGACCAACUACUGUGAGUGAGACCAUCGAACUGGGUGAAUUUGACGACGAUGCGUCAAUUGCACAGCCUCGUCAGCAAUCUGACGAAGUUGCUUGCGUUGGUGACAGGAAGUCGUCCACCGACAAUGUGGAGUCGGAGUUAGAAAAGGAGUCUGACCUUGUCUCUACAAAUUCAGGGGUUCCAGUGACUACCAUUUCCCAUCUUGAUUUGUUCGAUGCUCUGCAAAUUCCAAAAACUACCACGUCCCAGGGAAGUCGUUUCAAACAUCUGUUCGCUAAAUCGGAAAGAGAAGCAGCGACACCCAAAAGUAUUCCGUUAUAUUUCUUUUUGUCUUUCGAUGAAUAUUUUCUUCUAGUUAUUCAAGUAGAAAAUAAGCUCCGUUCACUUCUUCUUGGGCACAAUGGCCCGCGUGUGGAGGACAACCGGAAUGUUUCCUCUGAAAACAAAAGUAAGUAA